UCCUUGCCGAGCGCGGGAGGAGGAGGGAAGCGAGAGAGCGAGAGAGAAAGCGAUUGCGCGUGUGUGUGUGUAUAUACGUCCUGUGCGCGCUGUCAAAAUACAGUGCAGUGUGGCACCUCGGGCUUUCUCGUGUACGCGAUUCUCUGCUCCCGCGAGUCACCGAACGCCGACGGUGCUUCGUCCCACUCUCUCUAUCUCUCUCUCUCCGGUCGGUAGACGCGAGCUCCUCCGCGAGGAUCGAGAGUGCACGAUAACGCGACAUCACAGUGCGGUGAUUCAGCUCAUCGUCCGAGGGUUCGAGGGAAGAGAGAGACUCACGCUCCUUCUCGGUAUUGCGAUGGCGAACGCGCGGUGACGUUUCCGAAUCGCAGUAACCGCAGCGGGGAGGCUCGUUCCCGCGGAAUCCCAGCCGGGCGCUUUGCGCGCUGUUUGUUUUCCCGGCUUCGCGCCGAUUAGUACCUUAGAAGCCUGAUCGAGAUGGAGCCGAUGGGGCAAAACCAGCCACCGAACGUCAUGAAUAACGACGGCUCUGACACGAAGGGCAGCUGCCUGUUACUUCGCUAUGCUAGUCAAAAUUCCCUCGACGAGAGCUCGCAGAAGCAUGUGCCCCGCGAGAAUGGGAAGGACAAACCACCCUACAGGAAUCAUCACCACACAAACCGAGCCUUUGACGUCAUUAAUGAAAUGAGAAAGAAAAAUUUACUGUGCGACGUUAUCCUGGUGACAGACAGUGGCCUGGAAGUGCCAGCUCACAAAAUGGUCUUGGCCGCGUGCAGUCCCUAUUUCUACGCCAUGUUCACGAGUUUCGAGGAACGCGACCAGGAGAGGAUAACGCUGCAAGGUGUGGAUUAUUCCGCACUGGAAUUACUAGUGGAUUACGUCUACACGGCCGAGGUCCACGUCACGGAGGACAAUGUACAAGUGCUCCUCCCCGCCGCGAAUUUGUUGCAACUGACGGACGUCCGCGACGCUUGCUGCGAUUUUCUACAGGCCCAGUUGCAUCCGUCCAAUUGUCUCGGCAUUAGAGCGUUCGCGGAUCUGCACGGAUGUCUCGAGCUGUUGGCGCACGCGGACAGCUACAUCGAGCAGCAUUUUUCAGAAGUUGUCGACGCUGAGGAAUUUUUAACACUGGCGCCUCAGCAAGUGGCUAAGCUCAUUUGCAGCGAUCGCCUAAUGGUACCUACCGAAGAGAAAGUGUUCGAGUGCGUUAUCUCGUGGGUACAUCAUGAUCUCGAGAAAAGGCAAAACGACCUGGCUCUGUUAAUGGAGCACGUGCGUUUACCUUUGCUCUCUCAAGAAUACCUAGUCCAACGCGUGGAGGAGGAACCACUUCUCAAAGCGAAUUUACAAUGUAAGGAUUUUUUGAUCGAGGCCCUAAAAUAUCAUUUAUUGAAGGGCGAGCAGAAAUCUCUAUUUAAAACCCCACGUACGAAGCCGAGACAACCGAGGGGAUUGCCGAAAGUGUUGCUCGUCGUCGGCGGUCAAGCCCCGAAGGCGAUUAGAAGUGUCGAAUGUUACGACUUCAAAGAGGAGAAAUGGUAUCAAGUUUCCGAGCUGCCAACGCGACGUUGCAGAGCUGGUAAAAGUGAUUCAUCUUGCGUUACUCGAACGAUUGUUUCCUCUGCUUUUAUGCAAAAUGUCACGUACGCGUUUGCCGUAGGACUUUGCGUCCUAGGCGGACGCGUGUACGCCGUUGGUGGAUUUAACGGAUCGCUCAGAGUACGAACGGUCGAUAUCUACGACGCGGCGGCGGACCAAUGGUCACCCUGUCCCGAAAUGGAAGCAAGGAGGUCAACUCUCGGUGUGGCGGUGCUUGGCAAUUUGGUUUAUGCUGUCGGCGGCUUCGACGGCUCUACGGGAUUAAAUUCAGCCGAAGUGUACGAUCCGCGGACUCGCGAAUGGAGACCGAUAGCUCGAAUGUCAACGCGACGCAGCAGUGUGGGAGUCGGAGUUGUCAAGGGAUUGCUCUACGCCGUCGGCGGUUACGAUGGAGAAUCCCGUCAGUGUCUCUCCAGUGUCGAGUGUUACAAUCCAGAGAAGGAUAAAUGGAAACCCGUGCCUGAGAUGUCCGCGCGUCGUAGCGGUGCCGGCGUCGGCGUGCUGGAUGGAAUUCUAUACGCGGUGGGAGGCCACGACGGGCCGCUGGUUCGCAAAAGCGUGGAAGCGUUUAAUCCGGACACGAAUCAAUGGAGUCCCGUCAGCGACAUGGCGCUUUGCCGUCGGAACGCCGGCGUGGUGGCGUUGAACGGACUUUUGUACGUGGUGGGCGGCGACGACGGUUCGUCCAGUUUGGCGUCGGUGGAGGUGUACUCGCCCAGGACCGACACCUGGACGACCCUGCCGACCUGCAUGGGAGUCGGGCGCAGUUACGCGGGUGUGGCGAUCAUCGACAAGCCGAUGGCCCCCGCUACGACGAUGUGAGGUCUACAGUCCGC